AUGGCAUGUCCACCUAACCUUCCGUCUAAAACAACUAAGUUGGAGAAUGAGGUAGAUUGCGAAAUGAAAUUAUUAAUGGAUCCAAAAACUGAAAAUCUACGGGAAUCAUAUUCAACGUGCAAACAAGAAACUAUUCAAUGGAGAUGUCCAGGACAAACAGCUGAAAAUCGUAUAAUUAAUGGAACUGGACUCAUACACAUCCAACAAGGAUGCCAAGUAAACUGCAAUGGAUAUGCAAUCCGAGGAAUUGCAAGAGAGUCAACAAAAAUAGACCUCAUUGACCCGAGUUUCAAUCUUUCCUUGGAAACAUUAAACUCGAGCCUAAAAAUCAACGACGCAGUUCCAAAUUUGUUCACACAAAGUCAAGACCCAGCUACAAUCAUCGACAAAUUUGAACCUUGGGGCCAAGGGCUAGAAGAAAAUGAAGAAAAGAUGUCAUUAAUAGCUCUAGACCAUCAAAAAGAGGAAAUCAACCGUAAAAUAACCAUCGGAUCGGUAACAACAUUAGGAAUAAUAUCACUCAUAAUAGGGGGGAAAGCUAUACAGAAAACUAUCGGCCAAUUCCUAUCCAAACCUCGCAAGCCCAGCAGAGUCGACGAAAAACCAGUCAUAAUCCAACUACAAACUGUUGAAGAAAAGACGUCGACCUCUCAAGAAGUCAAGGAACCACAUCCAACAACAGUAACAACCGAAGAAGCUCCUGAGACCGUCGAGAAAUCAACAAAGCCGAAAACCUUCCGGUUGAGAGACUACAAAUCACCGGUUUAG